GGCAUACACAAAAUUGACACGAUUCGAUCCAGCCGUUCACGCCGAUAUCAUGACUCGUCGGACCCCGAGGAUCCCAGUUGACCGUGGGAACGUUUCCCCAAGGGCAGCGCCGAGGCGUUACCAGCACGAUGUCAAUCCGCAACCGACCGUCUAUGACCCAAAGGAUCAGCGAUUCGCCCCCCUUUUCACGCUCGUCAGGUGGGAUUCGGACAGCGACCCUGACAUGGAGGAGAUUAAGAAGAGUACCGAUGCAUGGGAAGCAGAACACAGGGAGAAGAUGUUUCCUGCUCAUCCACGGGUGCCACUUCCACCAACCUCUCCAGAACUUUAGCUUUAACGGAUAUGCCUCACCAAUGCAAAAGAUGUGGAGGCAGAGCCAUGCAAUUGGGAAUGUCAGCAGCGGGACAAAUGAUGCUCUGCGGCUAGUGUUGACUGUUAGCUCGUUCUCUUUGGUAGGAAAUAGAAGAACAUUCAGUUGCUUGUAGU